GGGCUGGAAGGUGUUGGAUGGUCACCAAACCACAAGCUCACCUUGCUUCGAUUUUUGGGCAUUAAUUAUUAUUAUCCCAUUAAUCCACGCUCUUUCUAUUUCCCUUUCGCUUUCCCUUUCCCUCGCAAGCUCUGUCUCGUCCUGCUUUGUUUUAUCUUUUCUAAAUUUUUGAGGCUGUGUGGGUGUCGGCUAUGGUGUUGUUGUUGAGCCUUAACAUCAGGAAUCUCCCCUCGGCCCUUUCUGUCCUUCAAAAUAUGUACUAAAAUAAUGACAUUUGGCUGAUUCAUUCAUCUGGGUUUUCCUGAAUUUUUGAGUUAGGGGGUCCCAGCAAAUUCGCACAUAAAUCUCCUUCAUUUUCACACUCAUUAUCUAAUUUUUGUUGCUUUUCUCAUCAUUUUUAUAUAAUUACAUGUGCUAGACCCGACACCCACUCUCUUUUUCUUUCUGUUUAGAAAUUCUAUCCUCCUCUGCAAGCAAAGGAGGAGGUUUUCACUUUUUUCUCUUUUUCUCUCUCUCACUUUUGCAUCUUCUUUUUGGUUUCUGGGUUUCUGUGUCGUCAUUGAGAUCUGCUCCAAAUGGGUUGCUCCCAAGGCGCUUGCACUGACACUAGGAAGGCUUUUGAUGGCCCUAAUGCUUCAUACGCUUCCUCUGUAACUGCUGACGACCACUACUGUGACCAUGAUGAGCUGAGAGUCAAGAGUUUGCUGAAGAAAAUGGUUUGGGAAUUUGGGUUGGGUUGUAUUUAUCCGGUGAACCGGCGCCGGAGCUCCGGGGGCAAGGGUGAGAUGCAGAGAGACAAGGGGAAGAACAGUCUGGAGCACAACAAGGCAUGGCUGCUGGCAGAGUCUGGUGGGUGUGGUGCAGAGCUCUCAAAUGCUGAUCCUCAAUCCGUUCAUUCGUCGUUCAGGUUUAGUUUCUGUUCUCAGGUUGAACUCGAAUCUUUGAAUAUGAGUUCUUCCACUGCUGCCACCGUUUUAAUGGUGAAUUUGGACAAUGGGCUGACCCAAUCUCGGUCCAAUGAGCUGAAAUGGCGAAGAAUCGAGUCAUUGGAGAGGAGCAUCUCUCCAGUCGCCAACACAUUGAUUAGAUUCGGCUAUGCUGAAAUUGUUUCGGCCACUCGAAAUUUUAACAAAGGCAGAGUUUUGGGGAGAGGAGCAUUGAGCUGUGUUUUCAGAGGGAGAGUUGGGUUUUUGAGGACCGCAGUGGCGAUUAAGCGAUUAGAUAAGGAAGAUAAAGAGUCUGCAAAGGCUUUUUGUAGAGAAUUAAUGAUUGCAAGCUCUCUUCAGAACCCAAAUAUUGUUCCACUUGUGGGGUUUUGUAUUGAUCCUGAGGAGGGCUUGUUCUUAGUCUACAAAUAUGUCUCCGGUGGAAGCUUAGAGCGGCAUUUGCAUGAGAAGAAGAGAGGGGUAAAGGGUUAUUCAUCCCUUCCAUGGUCUGUGAGGUAUAAGGUUGCCGUCGGAGUUGCGGAGUCCGUGGCAUAUCUACACAGUGGAACAGAUAGAUGUGUUGUUCACAGAGACAUUAAACCUUCAAACAUCCUCCUCUCUUCCAAGAAAAUACCCAAGUUGUGUGAUUUUGGAUUGGCUACAUGGACUCCUGCGCCUUCUGUCCCUUUCCUUUGCAAGACCGUCAAAGGGACAUUUGGUUAUUUGGCUCCUGAAUAUUUCCAGCAUGGAAAAGUAUCUGAUAAAACUGAUGUCUAUGCCUUUGGGGUUGUCCUGUUGGAAUUGUUGACUGGCCGAAAGCCAAUUGAAGCAAGAAGGCCACCCGGAGAAGAGAACUUGGUCUUGUGGGCAAAGCCACUUUUGCAGCAAGAGUCCAUUGAGCAAUUGCUUGAUUCAUGCCUUAAACUCACUCCAAAAAACUCAAAUCAAAUAGGCAGAAUGGUUCAGGCUGCAGCUGCCUGCAUUAAUAGUGAAGAAUCUCGGAGGCCAAGCAUUGAUGAAGUGGUUGUAAUACUAAGAGGAAGAGAACCAAAUUGCUCUAGCAGAAAGAAAUCCGGUUUCCCUGGGAAUGGAUUUGUCACUGACUGUUAUGCCCAAUUACAAACAAAAAGUGAGAUGAGAAGCCACUUAGCACUGGCCAUGCUAGGAGUUCCAGAUUUUGAGGAUGAUGCUCACUUUUACUGUCGAUAGAACAUAUUUGAAACUGUCUGAUCUCCUCCCUAUUUUGUUAUGUUGGCUGCUUGAAGAGAGAGGUAGAAAUUAGAAUUGGGUGUUGACAUUGUAUAUAACAAGUCCUGAUCAGAGAUUGAUUGUAUAUUUUCCAUUUACCUAUCCCUAUUCUUGUAGGGAAAAAGUGUAAUAGAUUUUCAUUUCAAAUUUUAGUGUCACAUCUGUUGAUAUUGUUGAUAAUGCAGAAUGACUCUCACAGUGGUGUUGAGUUUAUCCUUUUUA